AUGUUUUUUAGUCCAUUCUUUCGACAAAAUUUUGGAGGUGGUGGUCAUGAUAUGGGUAUGAAUGCUGGUCCCUUUCGAGCUGAUUAUGUUUGUUAUUCGGCGGCAUUCUUACCGGAUCGCGAUCGCGAACGUCUUAACGUUGAAAAUGGCGGUAAAAUUCUUCUUCCUCAGGCAGCUCUCGAACAACUAGUAGAACAAUCUGGUGUAAUGUUAUUCAAAUUAAGAAACAAAAAACUCGAUCGUAUUAUUCAUUGCGGUGUUUUAGAAUUUCAUCAAAAUGAAAAUAACACGUGUUAUCUACCUAACUGGAUGAUGCGUCAUUUAAUAUUGCAAGAAGGUGAUGAAGUCAGUGUCGAAUCUGUCAAUUUACCAACAGCAAAAUUUGCACGUUUUCAACCUCAGUCGCAAGAUUUCCUCGAUAUAUCCAAUCCUAAAGCUGUUUUAGAGAAAACUUUGAGAAAUUUCAAUUGUUUAACCAAAGGUGAUAUCAUAGCAAUUAAUUAUCUCAAUCGAAAUUAUGAAUUAUGCGUUUUGGAAUUGAAACCAGCUGAUGCUGUUUCAAUCAUUGAAUGUGAUAUGGAAGUUGAUUUCGCUCCACCUGUCGGUUAUGUCGAGCCUAAAUACACACCAACAACAUCACAAAACAUUGCUACAACACCUAAGACGACAAACUCGAUGGCAGCGACUCCCGGAGAUCCUCUAUCAUCGAUUCCAAAUAGUUAUAAAAGUCCAUCGACAUUUUUACCAUUCCAUGGACAAGGUAAUCGUUUGAAUGGAAAAACACGAUCGAAAGAUCAGGAACAACAACAACAACAAAAUAAUCCUGCCGUACAACAAGCACGUGGCGUGCCUAAUUAUAAUUAUGAGUAUGGCACAAUACAAUUUAUACGCACACCACUACGUUCAAUGAAUGAAGAAACGUCGACGACCGGAGACAGAGCUAGUUCGAAUACAUUUCAGCCAUUUACGGGUGAAGGAAAUAUUCUUAAAAAACCUCGAAAUCAACAACCUAAAUAG